UACUCUGAAGAAAUUUUCACGUUUUAACUCUUUCUCUCUCUAGAAAUCGACAAUGCGGAAAUUUGCGGCCGAAAAAACCAGAAAAGUGUUAGCCCACAGGAAAUUUUUCAAUUCCGUGGUGCAGCAUCCCACCGCUUCCCUUUCUUCUUCUUCGUCGUCAUCUUCUUCUUCAUCUCUAUCUAGAAAAUCGUUGCCUCAUUCUUCUGCUGCUUUUCUUUCGCGCUUAUUGAACACCUCAGCUUCUCCUAAUCCUUCUUCUUCCGAUUCCGAUUCUAUGGCCUCUGAUUAUUCUUCCACCCCUGUUAAGAUUGAUACGAUCAAUCCCAAGGUUUUGGAGUGUGAAUAUGCUGUUCGUGGUGAAAUCGUGUCACUUGCUCAGAAAUUACAAGAAGAUUUGAAGAUCAAUCCAGAUUCUCAUCCCUUUGACGAGAUACUGUACUGCAAUAUUGGAAAUCCUCAAUCACUUGGUCAGCAGCCAAUCACCUUUUUCAGAGAGGUCCUUGCUUUGUGUGAUCACCCAUCUAUUCUUGAUAAAUCUGAAACACAGGGUUUAUUUAGUGCCGAUUCUAUAGAACGAGCAUUUCAAAUACUAGAUCAAAUUCCUGGAAGAGCAACUGGUGCUUAUAGUCACAGUCAGGGUAUUAAGGGACUACGUGAUGCAAUUUGCGCUGGUAUUGAAGCUCGAGAUGGAUUCCCAGCUGAUCCAAAUGAUAUUUUCUUGACUGAUGGUGCAAGCCCUGCGGUUCAUAUGAUGAUGCAGCUGUUGAUACGAUCGAAGAACGAUGGCAUUCUGUGUCCUAUUCCACAAUACCCUCUUUAUUCUGCUUCGAUUGCACUGCAUGGAGGAACUCUUGUACCUUAUUAUCUGGAUGAAGCAACUGGCUGGGGUAUGGAGAUCUCCGAACUAAAAAACCAGUUGGAAACUGCCAAAUCGAAGGGUAUUAGUGUGAGGGCUUUGGUGGUUAUAAAUCCCGGCAACCCUACAGGGCAGGUUCUUGCUGAGAACAACCAGCAGCAAAUUGUGGACUUCUGCAAGAAAGAAGGGCUCGUUCUUUUGGCAGACGAGGUAUACCAGGAAAAUAUAUACGUGCCAGAUAAGCAGUUCCACUCUUUCAAGAAAGUUGCACGGUCAAUGGGUUAUGGGGAGAGAGACAUUUCCCUAGUUUCUUUCCAGUCCGUGUCUAAAGGCUAUUACGGAGAAUGUGGGAAACGAGGAGGUUAUAUGGAAAUAACCGGUUUCAGUCCAGAGAUACGAGAGCAGAUAUACAAAGUGGCAUCUGUGAACCUUUGUUCUAAUAUAUCUGGUCAGAUUCUUGCAAGCCUUGUCAUGAACCCUCCAAAGGUGGGAGACGAAUCGUACGAGUCUUAUUUCGCGGAGAAAGAUGCAAUUCUAUCCUCCCUAGCAAGGCGGGCCAAGUCUCUUGAAGAAGCACUAAACGGGCUCGAAGGAGUAAGCUGCAACAGAGCAGAAGGAGCAAUGUAUCUGUUUCCACGAAUCGAUUUGCCAAAGAAAGCAAUAGAAGCUGCAGAAGCUGCUAAGAUGGCUCCAGAUGCUUUUUAUGCUAAACGUCUACUUAAUGCAACUGGAAUUGUAGUUGUUCCUGGUUCUGGAUUUCGACAGGUACCUGGAACAUGGCAUUUUAGGUGCACAAUACUACCGCAAGAGGACAGAAUUCCGGCCAUCAUUUCUCGUCUCACCGACUUUCACAAAGGAUUCAUGGAUGAAUUCCGCGCCUGAAGGAUGAAAUGAAUAAUGCUGUCGUUUUUUUUUUUCGGAAACAAAUCGAGUGUUGAAAAUGUCGGGACUGCCUGUUUAUCUUGAAUUUUGUUGGCUAAUUUGUCUGAGCUUAUCAGUUUUGCUUAGGCUUUUUUAUCUUGAAUAAUAAACGCAACUACUCGAUAUUAUGAAAUGUUGAGGUAUGAAUUAUAAUAUGGUCUGAACCUAUGUUGCUGUUAUUUGUUCAUCUUAUUUAAAUAGAAUUUUCUUAUCA